GUUCUAAAGUUGAAAAGCUCUGAUAAUGAAAUCUUUGAAGUGAAGAAGGAGGUGUGUCUUAAAUCAAACACCCUAAAGACCAUGAUGGAGGAAGAUGAUUAUGUAGAUACCAUUAUCCCUCUUCCUAAUGUGGAAGGAAAGAUUCUAUCUAAACUAAUUCAGUAUUGUCAAAAGCAUGUUGAAGCAGCUGUUGCUGCUGAUAGUGAAGAAGAGAUUAAGAAAUUUGAUAAAGAGUUUUUGGAAGCAGUUGAAGAUAACAUCCUAUUCGAGAUCAUCUUAGCCUCAAACUACUUGGAUAUUAAAGAUUUGUUGGACAUAUGUUGCCAAAAGGUGGCUGAUGACAUCAAAAACAUGUCUAAAGAAGAUGUUCGUAAAAAGUUCAACAUCAACAAUGACUUUACACCUGAGGAGGAAGAAGCAAUACGCAAGGAGAACCAGUGGGCCUUUGAAUAA